GUGGGAAAGCACACCAGUUGGCUUGAGAUCGGGUUUGCUUGCAUUUUUGGGUCUUGACGUCCUUUUCCUUGUGCCGGCUCAUUUCAAGCUUUUCCGAUGCAAAGCUUGGAAGACCGCGCUCCCGCUCUCGUGUUUUUUUUUUCUUCUUCUUUUUUGGGGCAUCUAUUGGCAUCUAUUGUUCUUUCGUCUUUGGCAUUCUUCUGCAUCAAGCAUAUCGGAGAACUGGGUUCGCGUGUGCUGCUUUUCUUCUUUUUUUUCUUUCUUCUCGCGUCGCCUCAAUGACCAGGGGAGAGAGAGAGAGAGACAGGUGGUAGGUUUCCAGGUGGGCUCUGUUCAUCAUA